CACUUUAGAAACGAGAAUUCACGAGACAUCCAUGAAAUCUCAAGUUGGAAUUCAUCUUCUUCACCCAAACAACCUACUUUACAUCUUUACCUUACAAUAUACCAAAGCCAACUCAAAAAUCUCUCUCCAUUUUUCAUCUCCUCCUCAAUAAUUCCUUUCAUCUUCUUAGCUUACUACUUUUUCCCAUCUCUGCAAAAUUUCAAGAAACCAUUUUACCUUUCUAAAUCCGAUUGAUAAAUGAAACACCACAAAUUCUUUUCUUCACCAUCACCCUCUCGCCCUCAUGUUUCUCAACCAGUUCAUGCACUUCUUGAAAUCAAUGCACACAUUCAGAAGGAAACCAACACCUUUUGAUCACAACCAUUGAUUCAAAAAAAAAAACUCAACCCUCCAAAUUUUAUGCAUACAUAAAAAAAAGGAAGAAAUGGCUGCUUCGUGUUUCAAUCCGUUCCGGCUGCGAAAGAGCAAGAGCAACAAGUCUCUAUCGAUCCCUUCAACCUCAAAAAACCAGCUGCGAAUCGAAUCAGACAACAUGGAGAGGAAGAGAUUCGACAGCUUGGAAUCGUGGUCGAUGAUUCUGGAGUCGGAGAAUGUGGAGACGUGGGAGGCGUCCAACGAGGAACGGGAGGAGUGGACCGCGGACCUCUCCCAGUUGUUCAUAGGGAACAAGUUUGCUUCUGGGGCCCACAGCAGAAUCUACCGGGGAAUCUACAAGCAGAGAGCUGUGGCGGUUAAGAUGGUUAGGAUUCCUACUCACAAGGAGGAGACUCGGGCUCUCCUCGAGCAGCAGUUCAGGAGCGAGGUUGCUCUCCUGUCACGUCUCUACCAUCCUAACAUCGUGCAGUUUAUUGCUGCGUGCAAAAAGCCGCCGGUAUAUUGCAUCAUCACAGAGUACAUGUCACAAGGGACUCUGAGGAUGUAUCUGAACAAGAAGGAGCCAUACUCCCUCUCAGUCGAGACGAUUCUGAGAUUAGCCCUCGACAUAUCAAGAGGGAUGGACUAUCUUCACUCGCAGGGCGUCAUACAUAGAGAUCUCAAGUCCAACAACUUGCUUCUGAAUGAUGAGAUGCGCGUCAAGGUUGCUGAUUUCGGGACGUCCUGUUUGGAGACGCAAUGCAGGGAGGCCAAGGGGAAUAUGGGGACUUACCGUUGGAUGGCGCCUGAGAUGAUCAAGGAAAAGCCUUACACACGCAAGGUUGAUGUAUAUAGCUUCGGGAUCGUGCUGUGGGAGCUCACUACGGCUUUGCUCCCGUUCCAGGGGAUGACGCCCGUGCAGGCUGCCUUUGCUGUGGCUGAGAAGAAUGAGAGGCCGCCGUUGGCAGCAAGCUGCCAGCCAGCAAUUGCGCACCUAAUAAAACGAUGUUGGGCCGUCAACCCCUCCAAGCGGCCGGAUUUUAGUGAGAUAGUGUGCGCGUUGGAGAAGUACGACGAAUGUGUGAAAGAGGGGCUUCCUCUGACUCUUCACUCGGGGUUAGCGAGCAAAAACGCCAUUAUCGAACGCUUGAAAGGAUGUGUAUCCAUGAACUCAUCAUCCGUACCUGUACAUGCCUGAGCCUGACUUAUGCUAUUAAUUUGUUUGUAUUCAAAGUUGGUGUUAUGAUCAUAGAUUUGUUAUUUCUGAUAUGUAUAUAGCUACUAUAGCACUUACCUCACCUCAUCUGUUUAACUUAUGAUCUUGUGGCAUGAAUAAUUUCAUGUUACAUUACUAA